GUGCCGAACGGUAACAUCAGCGGGCGGGCCUGGACUGGAAGCCCCGCCCCUCCUCUGUGCGUUCGCCGGAAGUGCGUCGUGCCGGAAGUACGUCACGCGGUCUGAGCGGGGCGCGGGAGGAGGAUGAGUAAAAGCCGUGAGGGCCCCGCGGCGGGCGGCGGAGCCGCCGCCGUCCUGCUGCGCUACCUGCGGGAGCAGAACCGGCCGUACAGCGCCCAGGACGUCUUCGGGAACCUGCAGCGGGAGCACGGGCUGGGCAAGGCGGCCGUGGUGAAGGCGCUGGAGCAGCUGGCGCAGCAGGGCCACAUCCGCGAGAAGGCCUACGGCAAACAGAAGGUGUACUUCGCCGACCAGGAGCAGCUCCCGGCCGCCAGCGAUGCGGAGCUCCGCAAGUUGGACGCGGACAUCGCCGCGCAGUCCGCCGAGGUGCAGGCGCUGCAGCAGAGCUGCCGGCAGCUGGAGGCAGAGCUGAAGGACCUGAACAGCGCUAUGACCACUCUCGAUAUGGCCCACGAAAUUGAGGAGCUGAGGAAGGACUGCGCCAGUUACACAGAGAAACUGGAGAGGAUCAAGUCUGCCACCAACCACGUGACGCCAGAAGAAAAAGAGAAGGUCUGCAGUGAGCAGAAGUUGUACUGCAAGGAGUGGCGGAGGAGGAAGCGGAUGGCGACUGAGCUGCUUGAUGCCAUCUUGGAGGGAUACCCCAAAAGCAAGAAGCAGUUCUUCGUAAGUCCCACUGCCUCUGCCUGUGUCCCAGGGCAGCCGUGCCUGCUGUGCCAGAGGGCAGCUGUCCUGCUACAGGAGCACUUUGUCCUUGUGCAGGAGGAAGUUGGAAUAGAAACCGAUGAGGACCAUAACGUCAUGCUCCCAGCAGCUCUGUGAGGUGCAGAUGGAUGUCUUUGCUUUACAGAGAACAUGUUGCAGCGGAGCUGAUGCUGAAGUUCAGUUGUUGGGUUUUGGGGUUUUUUUUUUCUUUUUUUCAGAGCUUGGGCUUGUCUUGCAUCUUUUAUGUAUUUUUGUUUAAGAAUGCUUUGCCCCUGGAAGGGUAGUUACAGCAACUGACUCAGCAGUGGGCCCUCUCCCUUUCUCACGUGCCCAGGGAAUGUUGGUUUUUUUCUUACCUUUCAGCGUUAGGGGCUGUUUUGGUUGGGCAUCUUCGCCAGGCAGGGGCUGAGAGGGUGUAAGUGCACUGGGUUAGGGGUAUGGUGUUCUGCUAAGAACAGGAAGCAAGUGCCUCAGAGAGGUGAAUGAACUAGUUACCAUGAUGGCCAGUAUUUCUGUAAACUUAAUACAUGGAGGGGACUACUUCCCCCAGCGUGUACUGAGUUGUACACAGGACCGUGAUUCAUUAAACACCUUGCUGUUGUUUCAGA